AUGUCUAAAAAGCUCAAGAAUAGUACUCAAAAGUUAAUUGUAAAGAGUGAAAUUCUCAAUAAUGAGGAUUCUGAAAAGUCUAAUUUAGCUGCAAAUAACCACAUUGAAAAUAAAGUCUCAACAUACAAAGAGAUACUAAUGAACGAAAAUUCUUCAGGGAAUGAUAAAAGUGGUAAUGAUGUUUUUAAGUUAAUUAAUCAUCAAGAAAAUUGUCUCAAACAUUUAGAAGAAGAAAAUAAUAGUGUUAGUAAUUUUAGUAGUAGUAAUGAAGAACAUAUUGAUGAUUUAAAGGAUUAUGAUCAAAACGGGAUUAAAAUGGAUAAUAAUAUUAUAUCAUCUUUGGAGUUUAUUUGGUCUGAAAUCAGAAGCGAAAAUGCACUUGAAAAAAAAGAUAUUGAUUAUUUUGAAAUUGAUGAACAUAACUUAAAUGAUCGAAUACCUAAAAAUAUUUUAAAUGAAGUUUAUCAAGUACCUAAAAAAUUAGAGUGCCUCCUUAACUUCUCAAUGCUGCUUUGUUUUGAUACAAUUCUAUAUGAUUUAACAUUUUUACCAAUUAAUUCAAUUAUAGCCUUAUUGAAAUUCGUUUUAUUGUUAUUAUUUAACAUUAUUAAUAUAUUUAUUUUUCUUAUUACAGGAAAUUCAAAUUAUUUUCAGAAUACCUCAAUAAUUCAAAGGACUUGGAAUUAUAAUAAUUCUGAAGAAAAUAUUGGUAGUAAUUAUUCUAUUGAUUCAAAUUCCUGGAAUCUUAUUCAAAAAAGUGGUAAUAGAGAACACAAUAAAACAGGUGAUUUUAAUCAUGAAUUAAUCGAGAAUUCUAGUGUUGAAUAUAUAUUCGACGAUAAACAAGUUAAAAGUAAAAGUUUGAUUAAUAUUCCAGAUUAUGAAAAUAAAUUAAGAUUUAGACUCAAUUUCAAAAGUAAAGAUGACGGAUUUCUUGGAAAAAAUAACAACUUUUUACCACAAAUUAAAAACCAUAUUCAUUCAUUUAGAAUGAAUGACCAAAGAUCAUCUUUAGAAGAAUCUGAAUUACAAUCUAUUACAGCUUCUGAUAUAUUCUAUGAUGAAAUUAAUAAUGGCCUUAUCUACAAUAAAAAAAAAGAAGAUUUUAAACCAUUUUUAAGUAUAGAUAUUGGCAAUUAUUUUAAAUUUACUGCUAUAGAGUUAACUGAUUUAUCGAGAUUCUUGGUUUUAAUAUUGUCUAUUUGUAUUUUUAGCAGGGUUGAUAUUUCAUUUUUUUACCAUUAUAUUAGAGGACAAGGAUUACUAAAACUAUAUUUUAUUUUUAAUAUGCUGGAAAUAUUCGAAAAAUUAUUUAGAUCUUUUGGAAGAGACUUAAUUGAUACAUAUUUGGAAUCAAAUAUUAAGUUCUUUACAUAUAUUGGAUUUGUAAACGGGAAUUAUCAACAAGAAAAAAAUCAAUUAGGCUUUUUAAAUUUACUCAUUAAUUCAUUUUCAAAGUACUUUAUGGUAAUAAUUUACUUAUUAAUUCACUGUACUAUUCAUAUGAUAAGGGGAUUAGCUUUAAAUAUCUCACUGAACUCAUCAGAAUAUACAAUGUUUCUCAUUGUAAUAAAUAAUAACUUUGCAGAAAUUAAAUCAACAGUUUUUAAAACCUAUCAUUCAAUCUCUUUAUUUACCGUUUCCUGUUCGGAUACUAUUGAAAGAUUCCAGCUUUUAUAUGAUGGAUGUAUUUUAUUUAUUAGAAUGUAUUCAAAUGCAAGGCUCUAUACAGAUUCAAUUUUUUCUUCAGUAAUUACAUGGGUUGUAUCUGUUUAUUUAGUAGAAAUCAUUGUUGAUUGGUUUAAACACUCUUUUCUUGUUAAAUUUAAUAAGAUUAAUUCAAAUUGUUAUUGCAGCUACUUAGAUACUUUGAUAGGAGAUAUAUUACUUUCAAGAGGUUCUGAUCAAGCAUUUCAAUAUUUAAUGAUCGACUAUAACAAGAAAAAUUUAGAAGAAAAUAAUUCUUUUGAGAAAUUGAUUAAUAAAAAUACAUUGAAUAGUAGUAAAUUCAAUAAUCAAUUUAACAACACAUCUUCUAUCGGUAACUUAACCAGACAAAGCACAUACUCUUUUUUAAGAGGGAAUACUAUAGGAUUAGAACCAGAUGUUUCUUUACUUCAAAAUAAGGAUGAAGCUAAAAUAAAAAAAAUAAAAAAUGAAAAUUCUCACAGAAUUGAAUCCAAAAUUUCUAAUAAAGAUCCCGUAUUUAUAUCAAAGAAAUUGAGAGGUAUUUAUGCAUUUCCUUACAUAAUUACAUUCAGCUCUAUGUAUUAA